AAGAGUCUUUCUUUAACACAUCAGUCACAAGACUUUCUACCUCAUAUGUCUAUAAAUUCCCUACCCACCAUUGUUUUUCUUUCUGAACCAGAGCGUCCAGUUACUGUAAAAAGAAGAGGGAAGCUCGUGUUAAUGGCCGUCUCUAAAGGGUUUUUGGUGCUAUUGCCGCUUGCCUUUGUGGUGGCCAUAUCCACCAUUGCAACAGCUCAGAUAUCUGAUCUUCCUAUUGUGUCGGGGCUCUCAUGGAGUUUCUAUGAAUCUUCAUGCCCUAAACUUGAAGAAAUUGUUAGAAAGAGACUGAAACAGGUCUUCAAGAAGGACAUCACCCAAGCUGCCGGCUUGCUCCGUGUCCAUUUCCAUGACUGCUUUGUUCAGGGUUGCGAUGGGUCGGUAUUGUUGGAAGGAUCAGCAAGCGGGCCCGAUGAGAAGGAUGCGCCCCCCAACCUCACUCUGCGCCCCGAAGCCUUUAAAAUCAUUGAGGAUUUGAGAAGACGGGUUCACAAGAAGUGCGACCGCACCGUCUCCUGCUCAGAUAUCACUGCCCUUGCUGCUCGUGAAUCUGUUUUCCUCGCGGGAGGCCCUGAAUACCCCAUUCCCCUCGGCCGACGUGACAGCCUCAACUUUGCGACUCAAGAAGCAACUUUGGCGAACCUCCCAGGCCCCACGUCCACCACCUCCGUCCUCCUGGAGGCCUAUGCCAACAAAAGCCUGGAUGCCACCGACCUCGUCGCCCUCUCAGGCGGCCACACCAUCGGCAUUUCACACUGCCCCUCCUUUGACAACCGCCUCUUCCCCUCCCAAGACCCCACCCUCGACAAAACCUUUGCAAAAAACCUCUACAAAAUUUGCCCCAUUUCCGAUACCAAUGCUACCACUGUGCUCGACAUUCGAACCCCAAACGUGUUUGAUAACAAAUACUAUGUUGACCUCAUGAAUCGACAAGGUCUGUUCACUUCGGAUCAAGAUUUGUACACUGACAAGAGGACGAGAUCGAUCGUCACGAGCUUUGCGGUGGACCAAUCACUGUUUUUCGAGAAGUUCGUGUUGGGGAUGAUCAAGAUGGGGCAGAUGAGUGUGCUUACUGGGAGACGGGGGGAGAUUAGGGCUAAUUGCUCUGCUAGGAACCCUUCCAGGUUUUUGGUACCCCUUGGUGGGGAGGGAGAGGAGGGUGUUGCUGCCUCCUUUUAGAUUGUGUAGAAGGCCCUUUGCCCUUUGCUUCUCCUGUUUUUCCUUUUGGUAUGGUUCGGGUUGCCAUUUGCUUCUCCUGUUUUUCCUUUUGGUAUGGUUCGGGUUGCCCUUUGCUUCUCCUGUUUUUCCUUUUGGUAUGGUUCGGGUUGCCAUUUGCUUCUCCUGUUUUUCCUUUUGGUAUGGUUCGGGUUGCCCUUUGCUUCUCCUGUUUUUCCUUUUUGGUAUGGUUCGAGUCGGUUCGGUUCGGUUAUGUGGGUUUCAGGGCAGAAGAAAUAACGAUGGGUUUUUUGUUUUUGUGUUGUUUACAUGUAACUUGUUUUGUGAUAACACUUUCGAAUAAAGGCAAGCUUUCUAUGCUCGCUCUACGGCAUAAAACUUA